AUGCCCCAGCAGCCGGAACAGACUCCACCACAGACUCCGCCACCACGAACAGAUCCAUCAGACAAACUUGCUCCUCAACAGGCUACUGAUCAUGGCGGCAGCGCCACCGACCCAUCGGCGCCGCUUUCAGAGUCUCGUCCUGACAGUGUGGGCACGUCUGUGAAUUCUCAAGCACCUUCUGAACAAGAUAUUACCUCUUUCCAUCCAUCAUCGCUGUCACAGUCAGGAGAUUCGCGGCCCGAAAGCGUUGCUGAAACUGGAGCCGCACAGUACUCCAGAGCAGUGACCCAAGAUGUCAUGGAGAAGAAGCAUGUACGACCACCCUCGCGCAAAGUUCACUGGGGAAGCAGGCUUGGCGCCGAACUCACUUCUGAAGACCCGAAUGGCCGCUCGGCGUUCCCCUCGCCUUAUGCCUCAGCUCUCCCCUCUGAGGAAGACCUCGUAAACGUCCGCCGGUCUCUCAUCAGUAUCUUCCAUCGCCCUUCCGUCGAUGCUGGCUCCCAACGCGGCCCAGAUAUGAGUAGACUGGGAAGCCAUGACGUUCCGUCCUCGGCUGUAUCUCUCGAUUCGUACGAAGGAGCUGCUCCUCCGCGAAGACGGCAGACGUCCGGUCGAUCUUCUUCUACUCGCAUGUCUGCUACAAGCUCUCUCUUCUCCAACGACAGUGAUUGGGAAGACGACGACCAAGAGGUCACCUCUGCUGGUGUGUUUAGUGCCAUGUUGGGAUUUACCCGCAAUAAAGUCAGGCACCCAAAGAGGAGGAGGAGAUCGGUCAGGUCUAUGAUAGGCCUUUCGGAUGACGAAGACGAGAAUGACCGUGUGACCCCGCGGAAACGAUGGACCACAGACUCACUCUUCGCUAUACCCUCCCGCGCUUCAAACGCAAGCUGGGGCCACAGUCGCCAAGGGAGCGAAGGUGGUGACAGCACCUUCAGCACUCAAGAGAUUUCUGCCCGCAUCAGGGAAGCCGACGCAAGGGCCGCACGGCACAAAAGGCAGUCACGGAUUCCACAUAGGAGCGAAGAUCUCAACCAACCCUACAUCCCUUCUUCCCGUUAUUCAAACCCUAUCGAGCCGAAUGUGAACACCACCAUGUCGCAACGUUUCCGGGCAUUCAUGACUGGCCGAAGUGUGCCUUCUACGCUUCUCGGUGCGCCAGUGUCCGGAGAGGUUAUCGCUAAUGGCGAGACAUCGACGGAAGAAAACCAUUACCGGUCUCUCGCCGCUCUGAUGAUCACCACCAAUGCGUUCAUGGGAGUAGGAAGUCCGACGCUAGCUCAUAUUGCCCCGUCGUCUGGUGAGAACGCAGAAUCGGCGGCGGGGCAUCGCAGGGUCAGUUGGUAUGAGAAUAUCAAAGAAAAGGAUGCUGCAAUGGAAGCCAGAGACAGACAAGAGGACGCGGCUUUGGGAUUACACCAUGCCCCGGGAGACAACAUCCAUAAGGCCAUGGAAGAAGGUCGCAUAGGAGAGAAAUGGGCAGGCAGGCGUACGAGAGGAAAGAGGAUACAAAAGGAGAUGGCGGUCACGAAGAAUGUUUCCAACAUCUUGCAGCGGAAAAAAUUCAUCGAGCUACUGGCGAAGGCUGUAGUCAACUAUGGCGCACCCGCUCACUCCGUCGAGGCAUGGCUGUCAUCGACUGCUGACAUUCUUGGAGUCGAAGCUUCUUUCGUCUACUUUCCAACUAUUCUCAUGGUCGCCUUCCGUGAUACCGACGUACGCACUACCGACCUCCUAUUCAUCCGACCGUCCGGAGGUUUGGAGUUGUAUAGGCUGUCGCUUGUGCACGAGGUGUAUAGAAGAGUGACUCACGACGCAAUCUCGGCGGGUCAGGGGUCAAGGGUGUUGAAAAGGAUUGAAAACAAAACACUUCCCUACUCUCGCCUCAGUCUACUCUUUACCGCAGCUGUCGCGUCUGGGGUUGCAGCACGUGUCGCCUUCUCCGGAUCCUUCAUCGACAUGCUCAUGUCAGGUGUAUUGGGAACCAUCUUCACUAUCGUCCAAUUUCUGGUUUCGAGGGAAAACAAGGUGUUUUCAAACAUCUUCGAGAUUGGCAUGGCAGGCAUACUCAGUUUCGUAGCUAGAGGUUUGGGAGCGUCCAAGUACUUCUGCUACCAGUCUCUGGCUUCAGCUGCCAUCGUUCUCAUCCUGCCUGGGUGGCACAUUUGCCUUGGCGCUCUAGAGCUAGGGUCCAGAAACAUUGUUGCCGGUGCCAUUCGCCUUGUGUGGGCUGUCGUUUACACUCUUUUCCUUUCACUCGGUCUCGGGUUGGGAAACCAGAUAUGGGAUGCUUUUGGGCCGGCGCAGCCCACUUACGGAAACGAUAGCUCUUCCGAAGCCGCGACAUCUGUCACCUGCAAUCGUGAUCCUGAAUGGCUGCAGUGGUGGUACACCGAACCCAACGACUGGUGGCUGUUGCUGCUGGUACCGGUUUUCGCCUACUCCCUAGCCAUUUGGUUCAGGGCAGACUGGAAAUCCAAGGAUACCCUUGUGAUGGUCUGUGUGGCGUGUGCAGGCUAUGUCGUCAACUUUUUCCUCAGCCAGAAGGUUGAAGAGACCAACGUCGUCUCUGCCGUCUCCGCUUUCGCCAUUGGCGUUCUCGGAAACCUCUAUUCACGUAUUGGCCGUGGCUCUGCCUUCCCUUCAAUGGUCGUCGGCAUCCUCCUCAUCGUCCCGAACGCCAUCGCCGCAGCUGGCGGUCUGGGUUCCUCCAGCAGCGGUGAUUCAAAUACACAGGAAGAGAUCAAUACAGCGGUCAUUGUCAGUAUCAGAAUGGUUCAGGUCGGGAUCGGGCUGGCGAUAGGAUUGUUUGCGGCCACAGUUGCUGUCUAUCCGUUCGGGAAGAGGCGAAGGUAUAUCUUUAGUUACUAG